AUGACCUCCAAUUUCUCCAUAGAGCCGUUGAUGCGGUUUUCAGGCGAUAGUCAGCCUGUGCGGAGGCCCAAGGAGUUUGCGUGCUUCUCGUACGAUGAGAAUCAUGAAUAUCGCCCGGAUGAUUCAUCUAUAAAAUACUACUAUCCUCCUCAGCUUGGGGCGGAUCUGUCUCGUGGAUUCGAUACUUUUGUCAAGCAUGACGAUUCUAAAGCUGAACAUCUCGACAGCUUGCUGAAAACCAUCGUUUCUCAUGAGCAGGAGACUAGAACCAGGAUCGAUGCGAAUAUAAUCACAUGGAGAGGCAUGAUGACCAAGGGCACAAUCUUCAUCGAAGAAAACCACGAGCAAAAGAUGCUCUCAAGGCAAAACGAAGACCGUGGGAAGCCUAGACGAGGGCCACCUCUCGAUGUGAUGCAAUUUUGGGGAUAUAAGUUCGAGACGCUAUCUACACUCCCAUCUCCUUGGGCGGAAACAUCAAGAGACUUCAUCGAAAGCCGCGAGAGGCAAAUCGUCAACAACAAAGAACAGUACUGCUCCAUUGUCCGAACAGGUAUCGGCAAGACUAUCCUCUGCCUCGGAGGCGAAGUCGACGCAAUAUGGGACACCAAGCCUCAAGACAAAGGAAGCCCCAUCAACUGGGUUGAGCUCAAAACCACAGCCGAGAUUCGCCACAACGGCGACAUAGAAAACUUCCACCGCAAACUCAUGAAGUAUUGGAUCCAAUCCUUUCUAUUAGGCGUCCCAAAGAUCAUCGUCGGUUUCCGCACGCGUGACGGCAUCCUUGUAGAUAUCAAGGAGAUUGAUACGCACAACAUCCCGCAGACGGUAAAUGCGCGACCGAACCCAGCCUGGAAUGCUGACAUCUGCGUCAACUUUGCGGCUGCUUUCUUAGAGUGGCUCAUGCAGACGGUCAAUGACGAGGGCGUCUGGAGAAUUUCUCGAAGGGCUAAUUCGCCCAUUAUUGAAGUAUAUAAAGCAGAGGAAACAGGGCACGGCGAUGUCCUAACAGAUGAGUUUAAAGACUGGAGGAUCAAACUGGGGCUCGAUUCAACGGAGUCAUGA